CUGGGAGGGCCGCUCUUCGCGGCUUCGGUUGGCUGGUCGCCCCGGGGUGCGCCGAGCGACUCCCCGCUUGCGCUCUCGCGCUUCCUGCUCUCCCGGGUCCCGGCGGGGCCACCGGCCUGCGCGGCUGCGGGCUCGGGCCUGGCCGUGGGAUGUUAGCGGUGGGGGCGAUGGAGGGCACCCGGCAGAGUGCGUUCCUGCUCAGCAGCCCGCCCCUGGCCGCCCUGCACAGCAUGGCCGAGAUGAAGACCCCCCUGUACCCUGCCGCCUACCCCCCGCUGCCCGCCGGGCCCCCCUCGUCCUCGUCCUCGUCCUCCUCGUCCUCCUCACCCUCCCCGCCGCUGGGCGCCCACAACCCAGGUGGCCUGAAGCCCCCGGCCGCGGGGGGCCUGUCGUCCCUUGGCAGCCCCCCGCAGCAGCUCUCGGCCGCCACCCCGCACGGCAUCAACGACAUCCUGAGCCGGCCCUCCAUGCCGGUGGCCUCCGGGGCCGCCCUGCCUUCCGCCUCGCCCUCGGGGUCCUCCUCCUCCUCUUCCUCGUCCGCCUCUGCUUCCUCGGCCUCUGCGGCCGCCGCCGCCGCUGCAGCUGCUGCGGCCGCAGCCUCGUCCCCGGCGGGGCUUCUGGCCGGCCUGCCCCGCUUCAGCAGCCUGAGCCCGCCGCCGCCGCCCCCGGGGCUCUAUUUCAGCCCCAGCGCUGCGGCGGUGGCAGCCGUGGGCCGAUACCCCAAGCCACUGGCUGAGCUGCCCGGCCGGACGCCCAUCUUCUGGCCCGGGGUGAUGCAGAGCCCACCAUGGAGGGACGCACGCCUGGCCUGCACCCCUCAUCAAGGAUCCAUUUUGUUGGACAAAGACGGGAAGAGAAAACACACGAGACCCACGUUCUCUGGCCAGCAGAUCUUUGCCCUGGAGAAGACUUUCGAACAAACGAAAUACUUGGCAGGGCCAGAAAGAGCUCGCUUGGCCUAUUCGUUGGGGAUGACAGAGAGUCAGGUCAAGGUCUGGUUCCAGAACCGCCGGACCAAGUGGAGAAAGAAGCACGCGGCGGAGAUGGCCACCGCUAAGAAGAAGCAGGACUCGGAGACCGAGCGGCUCAAGGGGACUUCGGAGAACGAGGAGGAGGACGACGAUUACAACAAGCCUCUGGACCCCAACUCGGACGACGAGAAAAUCACGCAGCUGCUAAAGAAGCACAAGUCGAGCGGCGGCGGCCUCCUGCUGCACGCGUCGGAGGCGGAGGGCUCGUCCUGAGCGCCCGUGCGCAUCCCGGCUCCGGGGACCCGGCCGCGGGGACCGACCGCCAGUCAUCCUGUCCUCGGGGCCACGGCCUCGCCCAGCCCGUCGGGCCUACACUAUUUUCUGAGAUGUAUAUAUCUAUUUUUUUAACCUAGAAAUCCUGGCCGGGGGAGGGAACGGGAAAGGGACUGCGUGUUGAAGGGAGGCCAAGGGAGCCCGAGACUUGCACCGUGGAAAACCCGCAGCUGAAACCGGCCUCCCGGCGGCUCCCACGUACCCUUCCCCAGCGGCGGGGGUCCAGGUCCCCCCAUCCUGGCUCUGCCCCCAGCCCUGCGGUCCCAGGGCGACGGAAGGUGCUGUGGAAGGGCGGACAGCCACCGCGGGGGUGGGGGUGGGGAUCUCCGAGCCACGCGGGAGGGCGUCCACCACCUAGGGAAAAGGGACGCCCCCCCACCUGCUCUACCGAUUGAAGUAACCUGUUGAAGGCUCUGUGUAAAUAAAUCGUGAGUCACACUGACUAGAAGUUACUUUAUUGUGAAUAUUUAAAAUGUAAAAUGCUUUUUUGGAAUUUGGUAUAAAAAGAUGGACGGCUUCCUUCCUCCCCUUCAUUUUAAGAACUAUUCACGCUACGUGGUUCCCUUUCAUUUUUAACUUGGGAAUAAUAGAAAGAGUCUUAUCACCCUCCCCAGACCCCCCUCACCCCUCAGCAGGGAUCUGCGGAUCCCCUCUACUCUGGCACCCUUUCUUCCCCUGCCCCGCCCUCCCUGUUCCGCCCCUGGGCCGCAUUAGACCUCUGCCCGACCCCAGGAUUUGAAGCUGCGCAGGACCUCUCACCUGGGUUCCCCUCCGAAAUUGCACAGUGGUUUGUUGCUAUUUAUUAGUGAUUUAAAGAAAGUAUUGGGGAGGGAAGGGCAACAAUAGCUUGUAUUUAAUUUAACUCCUUUCUGAUAAAAAUGCGUGUUAAAAGUAGAUGGUGGGAAUUGUUACAACUGCUCUGGGUCAGAAUAUAAAAAUCCAUUUAGUUGCUGUAAUUGAAUUUCAAGUGUUUUGUAUCAUAAGAAUACUAUAGAAUAUGUACAUUGUUUUCUUUUUUAAGCUAAUAACGGUGAUAUAUUAGCUUCUUUAACCUUUAUUAAUUUAUACGAGAGAUUCGGUUUGUAAAGAGAAGGCAGUCCCCUUUGCAAGAUCCUUGAAAUGUAAUGCACUUUCUGUUUUAAAGGAUAAAUCGAAUUAAAAGCAAAAACAACA